CCGGGGGGAGGGUGGCCUAGAUGGCCACAAGGGCUCCCUCCGGGAGGCUCCACCCCGCCAAGCCUCCAGAGACCGAGGAGCGUAGUAAAAACCCUCCAGCAAACACCCCGCCUGCCCGAUCCACCCAUCCAGGGAGAGAGAGAGAAAGAGCGCACCGGGCUCUGCCCCGGAAGUGGCGGCGGCGGGCCCAGCUGACAGGAGGCGGAGGCGGCGUCAAAAUGGCGCUGCGGCCGGCGGGGCUGGGGGCCGGAGCCGCCCCCGCCGGGGUACCCACCGUCUCAGCCGGACCGCCGGGGAUGCCGAACUCAACGACGGGCGGCGCCGGAGCAGCCACAGCGGCGGCGGCAGCAGCCGCGGGAAGCCCCGGACCGGCCAGCUUUGUUUUCCCUGUAACUGGUGGCCUUGGCCCUCAAGGGAUGAUUCCAAUGCAACAGCAGAGCUUUUCAAUGGUGCCUGUCAUGCAGCCCAAUAUGCAAGGCAUGAUGGGGAUGAAUUACGGUUCUCAGAUGCCUCCAGGGACGAUGACUGUGCAGGGUGGCAUGCCUCUCGGUGCAAUGCCAACAGCGGGGAUGCCAUAUAUGGGCCAAAGUCCCUUCCUUGGAAUGCGUGCAGCAGCUCCUCAGUACACCCCGGAUAUGCGGAAGCAGUUUGUUGAAGAACAGCAGAAACGGUUUGAACACCAGCAGAAGGUCUUGGAGGAAGAAAGAAAAAGGCGUCAGUUUGAAGAACAGAAGCAAAAGCUACGGCUUUUAAGCAGCGUGAAGCCAAAGAUGGGUGAAAAAAGCCGAGAUGACGCCCUGGAAGCUAUUAAAGGGAACCUAGACGGGUUUUCCAGAGAUGCUAAACUUCAUCCCACACCAACUGCUCAUCCCAAAAAUGCAGAUCAUCCCAAACCAUCUCAUUCUACCGUGUCUGUCUCCCAAACUACUGCCUUUCUUGACGACGAGGAGUUUAGUGACUUUAUUCAGGGACCUGUCGAAACCCCACCAUUCGUGCCUCCAACCUCCUCCCAGCCUUUUCAGUCUUGCCAUCCUGGGCAGCGGCUUUCAGAGAAGGCUGCGGCCCACCCUCUCCCUCCAGUCCAGUUUCCUGUCACCUCCGUCUUCCAGGGUACCGUGGGACCGGUACCCUAUUUCUCUCCUUCUCCAGCUUCACAAAACAGUCAGAAAACAGGCUGUUUCUUAGAAGACAAGCCUUUGGCACCUCGCGGGUUGAGUGAAUUUGGGCAGACUCAAAUCAAGCUGAAGGCGCCUGAGGUUGAGCUCAGCGCUGCCGCUUCAGCUGUAAACAGCCCUGGUCCCCAGUUAGCAGCCAGUGGCAGGAAGUCCCUAGGGGCCCUUCCCAAGGGAGCCCCCUGUCCAGAGGCAAACAAGGCUUCAGAACCAAAGCUACCAGUUCAAGAGUGCGGCGUUGGAGUUUUUCCUUCCCAGGAUCCAAUCCAGCAAAUGAUGCCUCCGUGGAUUUACAAUGAUAAUUUAAUUCCAGAUCUUUAUAAGAAGAUUCUCGAAACCACCAUGACAUCCUCCGGGAUAGAUACCGGCAAACUCUAUCCGAUUCUGAUGUCCUCUGGGCUUCCCAGAGAAACUCUUGGGCAAAUUUGGGCCUUAGCCAAUCGCACCACUCCAGGGAAGCUGACAAAAGAAGAACUCUACACCGUUUUGGCUAUGAUUGCGCUCACUCAGAGAGGCAUGCCAGCCAUGAGCCCUGACGGUUUAAACCAGUUUCCUUCUGCUCCCAUCCCUACCUUAAGUGGGCUUCAGAUGGCCAUCCCUGUCACAGUGAGCCAACAGCCUUUGAUGCCUCCUGGGCCACCGGUUUCCAUGCCUCUUAAUAUAGGACCAACAGUGGUGGGGAUCAGCAUGGCGGCACCAGUGGGCGGAGUCACCACACAGACGUCCAGCAGUUUCAUCCAACAUUUCCCUGCAAACCAGGUUGCAAAAAUAGAUGAUGACGACUUCCAGGAUUUCCAAGAUGCGUCCAAGUCAGGGGGACUUGAUGAUACUUUUACAGAUUUUCAAGGGGAAGCGCCCGGAUCAAAGAAAACGUUAGCAGCACAGCAGCGGAGCAGUGCUCCUUCAAUGCUGAUACCCCUUUCGGGCCCCAAAGUGACUCCUGCUGUGGAUAAGUAUGCUGUUUUUAAGGGGAUUGCAUCUGACAAGCCUGCUGAAGAUUAUGGAGAUAAAUACAGUGCUUUUCGAGAACUGGAGCAGCCAUCGGAGAGUAAAUCUAUAGGCGAGAGCUUUGCCGAUUUCAAGUCCCCGGGGACAGACGACGGCUUCACCGAUUUCAAAACCGCGGACAGCAUCUCUCCACUAGAACCGCCGACAAAGGACAAAGCAUUUCCUUCCUCUUUCUCUUCUCUUUCCAUACAGUCCAAACCACAACCCCAAGCAAAGCCUUCUCUGAAUUUGGCAGACCUGGAUCUGUUCUCCUCAGCCUCGACUGGAGAGAGUCAACCCGCUCUCUUUCCAUCCGCGUACAGUUCCCCCAAACUGGCAACUUUUGCUACACCAUCACACACAAUAUCAGCUGCCACUACUCUUCCCGCACCAGGCAGCGGCUCGGCCCUGGCCGGCAACUUUGCUGAUUUCAACCUUUUUGGAGGGUUGUCAAGUUGUCCUUCGGCUACCACUCAGGACGAGUUUGCAGACUUCAUGGCUUUCAACAACAACGCCGUCUCUCUGGAGCAGCAGUUGGAUGAUAAAUACGGGGUCCUCAAGCAAGAGGCCAACUCGGUUCCCUCAACUGGCUCCUUAGCCAGUGCCAUGAAGAACGGGCAGAGUCCCAUUGCUGCUUCCAACAAAUACGACAUCUUCAAGCAGCUGUCUCUGGACAGCCCCGGGUUGGGAUUCGAGGACCUCAAAGACCAUACUCCUUCAUCGGUGAAAAGCGAAGACGACUUUGCCGAUUUCCACUCGAGCAAGUUUUCCUCCAGCUCGGAAAAAUCCCUCGUCGACAAACUGGCCGCUUUCAAGCAUACCAAGGAGGACUCGGCAUCCGUCAAGUCUCUCGACCUCCCAUCCAUUGGGGGCAGCAGCGUGGGCAAGGAGGAUUCGGAAGACGCCCUCUCUGUCCAGUUUGAUAUGAAACUGGCAGACGUGGGAGGAGACCUUAAGCAUGUCCUGUCUGAUAGCUCUCUGGAUUUACCAAUGGUUAGUGGUCAACAUCCACCAGCAGCAGAUCUGGAGGACUUGAAGGGUGCCCCCUUUGGAACUUAUAGCAGUGCCUCUCUUCUGAGUAGCUUCCCAAGCUGUGACUGGUCUGAUAAAGAAGAUGUCUAUCAGAGCAGAAGGUCUACCCCCUUCUCCCUUCCUGCAGGAAACGAAGCCUCCUUAGCUACCUCCGUCCUCCAAAAGAAGGAGACCUUUUUCGGCAGCUCCGAAAAUAUCACUGUGACCACCGUUUCCAAGGUGACCACCUUUGCGAACGAGGAUGCUCUCCAAGACGUGAAGUUCUCAUCGUUUGCAAACUUCCAAAGUUCCAGUCCUCAUUCCAUGGACCAAAGCGAGGACGAAGUUGAAGACUUUGGAGAGUUUGCUCAACCACCGGACAAUGGAAGUGAGAGACCACCCACAGGCGGAUCUCAAGAGGCUGACUCCGCCCCCGUCUCGUCAGAAGCUGGGAAAGAAGUUUUCGAUGACUUCGGAGAGUUUCAGGGCGAAAAACCAAAGAUCAGCAAAUUUGACUUUUUAUUGGCAACUUCUCAAGGGAAAAUGAAAUCCAGCGAAGAAAUGAUCAAAAGCGAGCUGGCAACCUUUGACCUCUCUGUUCAAGGUUCUCACAAAAGGACUCUAAGUUUGGGCUCUUCACCGCUGCCACCUGUGGAGCAGCCCUUUAGAGAUCGAUCAAACACCCUGAGCGAGAAGCCUUCCCUGCCAGUCAUCCGAGACAAGUACAAAGAUCUUACUGGGGAAGUAGAGGAAAGUGAGAGAUAUGCCUAUGAAUGGCAGAGAUGCUUGGAGAGCGCGCUGCAGGUCAUCAAGAAAGCGAACGACAUCCUGAACGGAAUCAGCAGUUCAUCUGUAUGUACUGAAGUCAUCCAGUCUGUGCAGGGCAUGGAAUAUUUAUUAGGGGUUGUUGAAGUUUAUCGAGUCACCAAGCGAGUGGAGCUGGGCAUCAAAGCCACCGCUGUCUGCAGUGAGAAACUCCAACUGCUCCUGAAGGAUAUCGAUAAAGUGUGGAAUAACUUGAUCGGAUUCAUGUCCCUUGCAGCGUUAACGCCUGAUGAAAACUCAUUGGAUUUCUCCUCCUGUAUGCUUCGCCCAGGAAUUAAAAAUGCUCAGGAACUGGCUUGUGGGGUCUGCCUCUUAAAUGUAAACUCAAGGAGCAAGAAAGAAGAAAUGCCCCUGGAAGAACACCCUAGAGAAGCCUUCAACUCCGCGACGGACAGCUUCAAGCUUGCUUACGGAGGGCAUCAAUACCACGCCAGCUGUGCUAACUUCUGGAUCAAUUGCGUGGAGCCCAAACCUCCAGGCCUUCUGUUGCCCGACCUCCUUUAAGCAGACUGUUCUUGGCCAGCCUUUGGCCUUCACAAGGGAGCAAUUCCCAGAGGGAGGGAGGAAACUAGGCUCUUGAGAAGCCAACGUGCAACGGUGCUGGUGCUUUCGGGCACUUCGAAAAUAUUCAUCCUAAACUAGCUGUUCUCCUGUGAAGGGUAAAUGCCACUGGUACAUUUUUAAUCUGCAAGAGCCUCACCUUGGCAAGGAUUUGGCGAUACACCCUGAUAUUUUUGAGGGGAUUUUGCACUAAGGCACAAAUGCCUUCUUGAGCAGAACUGGACUCAUGCCGCCUUUCCAGAUGUGGCCAAGUGCUGAUGUGCUUUUUUGUCGAAGCGCGUGAUAGUUUCCCCAAAGGAGUAACUUGGGUUUCAAACAUUUCCAAGGCCCGAAAGAAUGAGGCUUCGUUUGUUUUUAGCAUGCACCUCCUUUUAAAAUAACCCCCUGUGGCUUUUCCUUCAUUUUCUCCCGAAAACACUUUCCACUUGGUAGGUUUCUUACAAAAUUUAUCAUUGUUCAACCUAAAAUGAUCCCUUUUAAAGAAAUCCCCCCAAAUGGACAUAAACACCUGUGCUGACACGCCUUUUCAUCCCCAUCUGUACCAGUCUCUCCCCACCCAAUCAAGACACACACACACACACACACCCAAGUUAGAUGAAGAAACCCAGUUAUAUUUGACUGAAUGCAAAUAUGUCCUUCCAACCUUAAAACUCUUUUUCAGAACUAUUGCUUUUUUGGGGCACAGGCAGGCCAUAAAAAGGUCCUGACAUUUUCAAACGAGUUUACAUUGAUUACCACGCAGUCUUUUCAGUUGGCCUCAUGGUUUUACAGUAGAAAAAGCGCAAAUGGGAAAAGCGAAUAGUGGAAGCAGAGAACCUUCUACUUCAGGAGCGUGGAACCUUGUCAGCUUGAAGACUUCUGGACUUCAACUCCCAGAAUUCCCCAGCUGGCUGGGGAAUUCUGGGAGUUGAAGUUCAGAAGUCUUCAAGCUGACAAGGUUUCACACACCUCUGUUCCAGUGACAUGUUUUCUUUUUAAUGGCACUAACACUGUACAGGUUUGUUAGUGGCCAAAGAGAAUUAGCAGAGAGCACUCAUCCUGCAAACCUAUUGUGAUGGAAAAUCUUUUGAAGAACCAUCAGAUCCUGGAGGCCUCUCUGCUCCACUUCUAAGCAGAAGUUGGUAUUUUGAUUGCCACUGAGACAGGACUGGUCAAAGGGGGGAAGGAGGGGGGUGCGGCUGUGCAAAACAACAACACACAGCCUCUUUUUCGCCUUCCCUCUUUUCAGCUUGUCAGCCACAGCAGUUUGAACAGAGCCUGUUUUUUUCAAACCGUCAGGCUUAAUGAUGGUAAUUAUAGCCCCUGGACCAUGACUCACGCUCCCUGAUUAGAAAUGAGCUUUACAGGUUGAAAAUGCUUUUGAUCCCGAGAUGUUUGGUCAGAGAUAAACUCUGCCUCUUUCUUCUUCUCUGUUUGAUGUGAAGUCAUAGCUGGCAAACUAGACAGUGUUCUCCCUUGACCCAAAACAUGCACCGGCCCAGCUCAGCGAGUUAAUCUUGCUACCGCAGUUUGCCACUCUGAUGAUUUUUUUCCUAUUCUCUGCUUGGUGGGAGUUUUCUCUGCAGGUGGGUCUGAAAGAGCCCUCCCGCCGUGUCCCAGGAGGGCUGCUUUUCUCCCAGCUUGAGAAUAGAAUUUGCAGAAACAGCCUCUUGUGUUGGUGCAUGGCGGACAGACCUCUCAAGGUGCAGGAGACUUUUAGGAGAGACCCCUGGAAUGGUUGACCAGGUGCAAGUCUAGGUAUCCCCAGUGCAGUGCUUCAGAGCAAAGGCCUGGCAAUCAAAGAUAUCUCCCCCCACCCCACCCCGCCCCCCCACACAUACACAUACACACUACCCCCACAGGUUAUAAAAACAGGAAAAGUCAAACGAGCAAGUAGGAAGGCAGGAAGAGAUUGCAGCAUGUGAUUUCAUUCACCCCUGCAAUACUGUUUUACUUUCCUUCUCUCUCCCUGCUUCUUUUGCUUCCUUCCUUCCUUCCUUUCUUUUUCUUUCUUCCUUUUUUCCUUCCUUCCCUCCCUUUCUUUUUCCUUCCCCUUUUUCUUCCUUUCCUUCCUUUCUUUUCUCUUCCUUUCCUUUUUUCUUGCCUUCCUUUCCUCUUUUCCUUCCUUUCCUUUUCUUCCUUCCUUCCUUCCUUCCUUCCUUCCUUCCUUCCUUCCUUCCUUCCUUCCUAUACUCACCAUAACCCGAUCAAGAAUCUCUUUCUUCAGUUCAUUGAUACGGAUAUUUACCAGGCUUGGUUAGAGAUACAGGUUCUCUAAGCCUCUUGGGGUUUGCAUUCAGGCUACAGGCUUCUCAUCUGGCAUCUGGGGUCCUCCUCCUGUGGUGGCCCUUACCACAUUUCCCAAAGUAAAAAGGACGCCAUCUUUUGUGUAAUAAAACCCUUAUUCUCCUUAAGGUCACAUCAUUGAGCAUUGCUUCACUUUGAUAAAUCUCUGCAGAGUAUGAUCAACUUCUCGGUAUAUUAGACCAGUGUUUCUCAACCACAGCAGCUUGAAGAUGGGUGGGCUUCAAGCAAGGCUGGCUGGGGGAUUCUGGGAGCUGAAGUCCCCCCCAUCUUUAAGCCGCCAAGAUUGCAAGACAAUGAUAUAGACCAGUAGUGGGUUUCACUUACUUUCGCUACCGGUUCAGAACCGCAAGCGCGCAGAGCAUCCAUGAUGACUUCCAGGCGGGUGGGUGGAGCCUCCUGCCACUGAUACCAGUUUGCUCAAACUGGGGCAAACCAGUAGAAACCCACCACUGAUGUAGACCCAAAAUACAAGCUUUCUGCAAAAUCUCAAAGCAAAUCUCUCCUGCCUCCCGUGGCCCAAAAUGUCGACCCUCGGCUCCCUCCCCCUCAGUGAUGGAACCACAUCCCCGCCAUCACCUGUAGCCACCCUUGGAGACUGAAAAUAAUAAAGCCCGCCCUAGCUGGAAUUGAUCAUCCAUCUUUCUAAUCAAAUUUAGUGACUCAGAUCCUUGCUUGGCUCUGUAGGACAAGCAGUCCUCCGAAAUUAUUGCCACUGAGCCAACAUCCCACCCCACCCCUUCAAGGCAUUCACGACUUCAUCCUGACAGUUUCGCUCAGGUGAUAAAGAUGGGCCUUCAGAACGCUGAGGGAAACGGUGAAGCCUCUUUUGAGUUUGGGAGUUGGCAGAUCUAACCAGUUUAUAUUCCAGCCAGGGGAAAAAAAAUAAUAGCUCCGGGUUUACUGAAAUGUACCAAUUUGCAGCUAAUGGGGGAAAGGAAGGGGUUGCAAUAAAUGCAUUUAUUUCCCCCAGAAGAGCAUUUCUCUGUAACAGAGAAAAGGUGAAGCUGGUUUGAAUCGUAGCUGCGAUGAUCAAUAAUAAGGCUGUUUUAAUAAGGUCUUUGAUUUCUAGCAAGGACUGAAAAUUUCCUCAGUGUGUGUUUGUUUUUUUCAAACUUGGGCACUUUAAGAUGGGUGGACUUCAACUCCCAGAAUUCCCUAGCCAGCCAUGGCUUGCUGGGGAAUUCUGGGAAUUGAAGUCCACCACCUUAAAAUGCCCAAGACUGAAAAGCAUUAACCCAAUUUAUGGCCUGUAUGAACAAAAGAGAUGGCAACAAGACCUGGAAUGUUCCAAUUGAAUUAACAGACACAUUUAUUGAAACUGUGGUGGUCCCAUACAGGUAACCGAGAGAUAAAACUUGCCAACUCGCUUCCAUGAUUCGUAGCAAAACAUCUCCCAAAGAAAAACAAGAAUGGGAAAAAAAAAGAAAGGUGAUGAAUGUAAUAGAAACAAAACACCUUCCUUUUUUGGGGGAGAUUGCAAAAAAAAAAAAAAAACUCAAUUUUUUUCUUCAAGCUGUUGCAUUGGACCAGGCCUCGUCUAUUAACGCAGCUUCCCUCAUUCACUUGCUUUGCUAGCCAAGCCUCCCCCCCUCAAUCCUUCCACCCCUGUGUCCUUGGAAACUGUAUCCAAGGUUACGGUGUUUUUGCAGAUUUCAUUACUGCUCCCUUUUCUUUCUUUCUUUCUUUUUUUUGCCUUGCUUCAGAUCCAGGUUUGCAGCUGGGAGAAGAGUGGCUUGGUUUCCUUUUGUUUUGUUUCUUAAACCCAGCAUCUGUUGUUGUACUUUUACAAAAUUAUUUUGCUUAAACAGGCACCCCCCCCCUUUUGGGGUGAAGGAAGCAAAAGACCCCCAAUUGAACUACGGUGAGUGCUUGUUUUUUUUCCACCCCCAGUUCUGUGUUUCCUGCCCUGUUUACAAUCCGUGUUUAAACUCCCAUCAAUCCUUUCCAACGAUCCGUUUCUCUGCACCGCUGUUCCCCCAAUUUCCUCGACUUGAUCCGAGAACCCCAACCCAAUUCCUUCAAUCUUUGUACUUUUGACAACACGAGUCAGGUGUGUUUUGUUGUAUCCUAAUUUUGGGGUGGGUGGGGAAACAAGCCAGUUUUACGCCUCAGAUACAUAACUGUGUUUAAGGAUAAGCGUCAUAUUGGAUCACUAGGCUUCCUUCGUCCAGACUUUGAAGGCUAGAAAAGGGGUACCGAAUCCCCGAUAGCCUGCAGUCCACACAAAAGAAGGACAGCUGCUUGAGAACUAACAUAUUUCCCAUGCAGUUGUGCACCACCUUUGCUGAUGUCGAUGCCUUGUGGGCCUUCCAGACGAACCCCGGGCCUUUCUCUAGCAGAUUUCCUUCCAUUUCUGCUGUAGAAGUGAGAGAAGGCAGCCUAAAUACUGACCCUACUAGAAAAACAUCUGAGCUUUUCUGCAUUGAAAUCCAUGCCAUUCGGAGCAAGGGCAAGCUAUAUUAAUUCACUGAUUCCUUGUUCAUCUUAAAGUUGGCUUACAUUGGGUCGAUCUCCCCUGUUUUCUCACAUGUUUCGGGAUUUCCAACCCAUUGGGUAAAAUACUGAGCCAGAAGAAAGAAAGAAAAUGCUUCCUUAGCCAGCCUUGUAGCAAAUACAGAAUGCUCCCCCCAAAAAGAGAGAGAUAAGAAACAUCAAACUCCCUGUAUAUCCAGUUCUAUCCACUGCGUGCAAAUAGCAUCACAGUGGAAUUCAUGGAUGCCUCUUCCCUAAAGCAAAUUGAAAUAAAGCUGCUAUUCAUGUUUGAUCUGUAGAGAUCAGAGUUCCCUGCUCUUGUUAUUCGGUUUUCUUUUUGGUGACACUUUUUAAUUUUUUUUUAAAAAACUUGCUUGAAAAAAACGGCUGCAUCUCAAACUCUUUUUAACGCGUCUGUUUCUUCGGUGGCCGUCUCGGAUGGCCUCCAAAAUGGUGUUUUGUGGUUGGCAUGCUUGUGAUGUGACGUCUCGCUUGACUUUGCUAUGCGGUGGUGUUGAUAACUUUUAAAAACCCGAGAAUGAUUGUUUUAUUUAUAACUAUUUAUAUAAACCUACACAGACACAUAUAAAUAAAAUAGACACACACCCAGAGGGACAUACACUUCCCUUCACAAUCUAUAUGCUGUAUUGAUUCCUGUUAAAUUUUCUGACCCUUAAUAAAGUGCCGUUUCCUCUCUC